ACAACCAUCCUAGCUAUCGAUGUUACUAUAGCAACCGUAAAGGCUAUCCCAGGUGUCACUGUGAGUCCACUAAGAGUUUACCGAGCGGUGCCAGUGCUUGUGAGUCCUCCCUAAGCAUACACUAACAAGUCUUGUAAUCUUCACUAGGAAGAACGAAAACGAGGCCACGUGAGAGUGCGGUAGGCCCGAGGCACGAGAUAACGGGACAUGUAUAAAACUGUGCACGCGAGUGGGGGUUUAAAGACUGGUAGCGUUUUUGCGCGAGUCAUUCAUUUGUUUAAGGUUGUCUGGUACGAACGUUCUCCGUCCGAAAAUGUGCCUUGAUUUUCAUAAAUCAAAACGACUAAGCGAAUUUUAAUUUAAUUUCAUACAUUCUAUUUUAUCAGGCUAAGCUGGAUAAAGUAUAAAUUAGUCUAACUAUUUCUUCUAUAACAAAUCCUUAUUUCUUGAAAAGCAUAAAAUACUUAACGUCUUAUUUUUCAAUAACAUCAAGUAAUAAAACAAAACAAUAAUAAUAAUUUGAUUGUUAAAAUGCCGCGGUCUUUUCUUGUGAAAAAAAAAGCGAUCAGGCUUUCUACGAAAAGAAGACCUGACUGCACCGUCUUUUUCGCAGUUUGGAAUUCGGACCAUUUCUUGUCCAAGUGGACGUAUUCUAGAAGCUGUCAAUGAUAAGUACCAUAUCCCAGGAAAGUUCCAGAUAUCUCCUGAUGCCAUGUUCGGUCAAGGAUCAACCCCCGGGCUUCCAGUGGCUAGUCUAGCCGUCUAUCCCAGCUGUUGGCCCUACUCGCCAUAUGGUUCGUACAGCGCCGUGCUGCUCCGUUACCUCAACCUAGCGCGUCAAGCCUGCGGCAGUACUGUCUCACCUGCUGAUACAAAUAUCAUAGCCAGCGGCCAUGAUGGCGGGGUCUUGGCUUUGUCCGAGACGGCGUCAACGAAAUCUUGUGACGGGGACUCCGGUAACUCUGGUUAUUCUCCGCCGUCGCUAUUUGUUAAAGAAAGUCUCUCAAGUUCGACACACCAUAUAAAAUCCUGGAAAUUAUCUCCAUCAAACUACAUUGCAUCGUCAAAUUAUUCACGUGUACAGAAGACAGGAGACCAGUUUAUUGGUUCGAGUUUGUCUUCGCCCUGCAUCAGUCCGUCCAGUAUCGAGAAUACACCUAACAUUCUCAAUCUACCGUCCAAAACUGAAGCUUCAAAGGUCCAGAGUGAGUGUUUUACGUCCAUCAAAAUCCAGAACAGGCAGUCUGAGAAAAUGGCAGCGGCCUCUAGUGGUCGCAAGUUGUCUGAUUACUCAAUUGAAGCACUUCUGGGCCCUACUAAGUCCUCCAAGCUGAGUCAAGAAGAAAAUGAACCAGUAAAUCUGGUGACAAGAGACCUGGGCAUUCCAAAAGGGCUGCAGUUAUCUACGGUAAGAAAGCCACCGUUCUCAUGUUCCAGCUGUGAGAAAACAUUUAGCACUCCUCAUGGACUUGAAGUACAUGCUCGUCGUUCGCAUAACGGCAAACGGCCUUUCUCAUGCCUUCAAUGCAACAAGAGUUUUGGCCACGAACUGAGUCUAGACCUACAUCGAGCUGUCCACAGGACUGAGAGGAGCUUCGAGUGCCAGCAGUGCGGCAAGACGUUCAAGAGGUCAUCCACUCUGUCCACCCACUUGCUCAUCCACUCUGAUACUAGACCUUAUCCUUGUCAAUACUGUGGGAAACGGUUCCAUCAGAAGUCAGACAUGAAGAAACAUACUUACAUUCACACAGGAGAGAAACCUCACAAGUGUAACAUCUGUGGAAAAGCUUUCAGUCAGUCAUCUAAUUUAAUCACCCACACCAGGAAACACACAGGUUUUAAACCGUUCGCCUGUGACCUGUGUCCACGUGCUUUUCAAAGGAAAGUGGACUUGCGGCGUCAUCAGGAAACACAGCAUGCAAGUGUCACCUCUACUCUUAUAUUACCUCCUUCUGGAAGCCUGUCAACCCUUGAUAAGCCUCUAGUUUCAUCCGAACGAUCUGUGUUGCUUUAGUGAAGAGUUUUAGCUUUUCACUGUUAGAAGAAUUUAAAAUUUUAAGCAGUAAUUGCUCCUCAUUUCUUUUUUUUCUCGUUGAAAUACUAAUUCAUUGUUUUAACAAUGAAACAAGACAACUACCUAAUAAGUCAAAUUUCUUGACGGUUUGAAUAAUUCGCGUUCGGAAAAUGUUAAAUAGCAUGUGAAAAGCACAAUGCAUUAUGUGAAGAUGGUAACACCUAAAAUAUUCACUUUAAAGUAUCAUAACAUUUUGAAGAGUUCCUCAACUGGAAGUAUAAUUAAGGAAGAAUCUUCAGUGUAGUAAAAUCUAUAAUAUCCGAAUCCUGCCUUUUCAGAGGUAGUAGAAAAAAAAUACAGAGUUUUACAUGAUCAUUAUUUUUAUAUUAUAAUUCAGCGUACUCUCUACGUUCACAGUAGUUUUACAAACACGGUUACUAACAAAAAUACUCACUUUAAAAGUUAGCCUAAUGAAUUUCCACGGUACCUGGACGCGUUAUUUGCAGGACUAUUGAAACAUGCGAGGGAUGUUCAGAAAGAAACGAGAUUAUUUUUAUCCUGUCAGCCAACCAUCAUAUUAUCAUAUUACAACCAUCAAAUGUACACCAAUGGUGUUGAGGACGUGGGCAACCAGAUUUCUCUUUUCAGAACAGCCUUUGGUAAUAAUGGGAAUGUAUUUCAUUCAUUGUUUCGUGAGCUUCACCAUAUUAGUUUGCAGUAAGGUACAUAGCAUGUUAUCUGCCCCAUAUCAAUAUAUAUAUAUUCUGAUCUUUGUUGACACUUAACUAGAGUACUGAGUAAAUAUAUAUGUACUUACCAUGUCUUAGUUAAAACGCCGUUCUUCAGCAUUUCUGUGUAUGUUCAAUUUUUAAUGCUCGUGCUUGUCCUUUACUCAACAAAACUAGUCCCAAUAGUUUUUCUUGACGCAGUGUACUUCUUGUUUCAAUUAGUUUAGGUUUGGGAAAAUAUCUGUCAGCAGUAACAACGAUGACAGGAAUAGUUUAGAAAAACAAACAAAAACACAGGCUGUGCAAAUGGCAGGAAAAUAAGGCGUUAAGGCAGUGUUUUCAACAAUGAAGAGGUGAGUUAUCUUUUUGGCAGUUCUGAUUCUUUAGAGAUGUUCGGAAACAUAGCACCAGAUUUGGAAAUGAUGGUGAAAUGCUACUGCUAUAUGUUUUCUGGAGCUCUUCUGCUUUGGCAAAGAUCACCUAAUUCAGACUCCAGAAUGUGUAGUUGUAGAAUUUCAAAUCUUUGUACAGUCACACUCAUGCUGUUUGGAACUGGCUUACCGUCUGCUGCGUUACGAACAACAAUAAACCACAGAAAUUCUAAACUUCUGUUCGAAAUCUGUUUGUUUCUGAUUCUUGCUUAAAUCAUUAAAUUGCCAUUUAAUUUUUCUGACCUCCCCCCCCUUUCACCGAAUUUGCUCUCUAUGCCCCAUUUUAUAGCUAGGUAAACCACAGCAUUCUCCAAUUCAUUACGUUACGCUGUCAAUGUUUCAGCGGCGAUUUAAAUCAGUUCUGCACCUUUCGUGAGACGAAAUGAUUCUCGCUGUCAUAUUUUAGAGACGCUAUUCACAGUUUCUCUAAUUUUUGUAUUGAAGCAUCUCAUACUUCAUUUUUUUUUCCUGAGAGAAGAAUGAUUCUAGACAUUUCUAUCAGAGACUCGAAAUGGGAUGACCAUCGCGUUGGAUACAGCCUUUUGAGAUGCACCCCUAAUUUACUCGUGAAAGAGAAAAGAAUUGUCCAUCGUUUAACACUGUUGGCAAAUAAACAACAACACACAUAUAGUUUCUUCAAUACAUAAAGAAGAAGAACAACAACAACAAACAUGGCGCUUCAGGGGUGUUCACAACUUAUCACUUAGCACCAAAUCCAAACCAAAUUUUACACUAAGUGCAUUCUGCCAUUAUUUUUCACGAAUUUGGGUUUCCACAUCACUGUAAAUGCUGCUCAUUUUUGCUGCCCCAAUAAAGUCUUGUCCCAUACAUUUAUUUCAUUCAGAUUCAGUUCCUGAAGCGCCUUAAUCUUCAAUUUCAACAAAAGUUAAGAAACUUUUUUAUAUUUACAGCAGUUGGGCUGUUAUUUUGAUAUUUAACACUGAAAAAGAAAAUUUUUUGCAACCUUGUUAAUGUCCAUAGUUUUAUCCAUUAUAAUUUAUUUUAUCAAUUAUUCAAAAUAAUUGUGUUUGUUUUAUUGCUCAAUUACAAAAAAAUAAUCGGUAUGGCAUGGCCUGGUAGAUAGGGCAUUCGACUCACGGGUUCGAACCCUUGUCACCGAAUAUGCUCUCCCUUUCAGCCGUUGGGGCGUUAUAAAGUGACAGUCAAUCCAACUAUUCAUUGGUAAAAGAGUAGCCCAAGAUUUGGAGGUGAGUGGUGUUAAUUAGUUGCCUUCCCUCUAAUCUGUCACUGCUAAAUUAGAGACGGCUAGAACCGGUAUCCCUCAAGCAGCUUUGUGCAGAAUAAAAAAAUAAAUAAAAUUACCCGAACGUCCUUCACCAAGGGUCUCUCCGCAUUUCAUAAAAGGCAUGGUUGCAUGUAGCUAGAAUGAAUAACACAUUAAAAACUCUCGUCAGAAGUUAUCUCCAAAAGCUAUUUUUUCUUCUAGACUUCUGCUUCACGUUACACCUAUUGUAUGAUUAAGCCUCAAGUGAUCCUAUACAACACAAACAACUUUAUGCGUUUGACAAGUUUCGUACGACUGUAUUUUGAAAAAACCUUUCCAGUUACGGAUUCCAUUGGCCCAAGCGGACCCCUUUAACCUAAGCAGACUCAAUCCCUAGUUUGCUACUGUCGCCAAGUGACCAGCAGAUUCACAGUUCACAGUAUAGUGAACCAAUUUAAAGUGAAUAUCAUAGCCUCGUUAACCGUAAUCAGACAUUUGCGUUUGUUGCAUGAUUAUAAUAGUGGUCUGAAAAAUACCUUCCGCCUUGUUCCCCAUCCCUUG